AUGGAUAUUGAUGAUUUUAGAUCAAUAUUGGAAGGUUCAGGUGUUGAUGUUUGGAGCUUUAUUGAUACAGCAAUUCUUGUGGCUUCUUUGGAUUUUGGGUCUGAAUUGAAGAGAAGGAGAGAUUAUAUUGUGGAGAGAUUGUUUGCAGCAUCAAGCUCGUGUAGUCGAUGUAGGGACAUGAGUUUUGAUGAAAUUGAUGUUAACAAUACUGCUAAUGGGAAUGAAAAGGUUAUUGUAGAGAAAGAGAGUAGCCAUGAAGAAGAGAAAGGGAGAGGAGUAUCUGCCGAUUCUCCUGUAACCCCAAGGUCUGAUAAUGGUGAUGGUGAUGAUGAUGAAUUGGAUCCAUAUGGAGGGUUGUUUGAUGAUGAGCCGAAGAAGAUUUUGGAUAUCAAGCAACAGCUUGAAGAUCUUGACCAGCCUGAAGAUUCUCUGGUUGAUUUGCUUCAAAGUUUAGCAGAUAUGGAUAUUACAUUUCAGGCACUUAAGGAGACUGAUAUUGGAAGGCAUGUGAAUCGAUUGAGAAAGCAUCCAUCUAAUGAUGUCAAGAGAUUAGUGAAGCAACUUGUCAGAAAAUGGAAAGAAAUUGUAGAUGAAUGGGUGAGGUUUAAUCCACAAGGAGAGCAUGCAUCCUCUGGUUUAAUGGGGAUUAAUGAGUUGCAAAUUGAAGUUAACGAGCAUGUUUCUGCAGCUGACGGGGACUCACCUCAGCAGAAGAUUCCCCAGAAUGGUCAUCCCCAGGUUCCUGAUUUUGCAUACUCUCCCAAUCCUCACAAUGGGAGUUCUGGAUCAGAUAGGAAUAAUUCCGAACCAGAAAGAAAACCAAAACCAGCUCCUCCUCGAAUUGAAGCUCCGACCAAACCUACGCAAAAAUCAGUUCCUGCCUCUUUAUCUGCUCUUCACAAUGUACAGAGACAAAGAGAACAACCGAAAGAAAGCAAGUUUGAUGCUGAUCAAAGGCUUGCCUCGGCAAGGAAAAGGCUUCAAGCAAAUUACAAAGAAGCCGAAAAUGGUGUGAUUUCUGUUCUUUAUUUCUUGUGUGAAUUUGGUUGCCUGAAUUCACAUUGCACGAUGAUACUGAUUGGUAAUUGGUGUCAUGCUGCUUUGCUUUGUGAAGCCAAAAAACAAAGAACGAUUCAAGUGAUGGACAUUCACGAGAUACCAAAACCCAAGAAUAAGAACACCUUCUUUGCAAAGAACAGAGGUGCUGGUGGUUCUCAUCAAGGGAGGCACUGGUGA